UGCAAAACAAGUCAAUCACACACCUCAGCAUUUAAGCUUCCCUUUUCAAGCGAGGAAUAUCAAGUCAAAAUAGAUGAUUACCUCAAUGAUUGCGUUAUAUGUAAAAUACACGAGUACAAUUUUAUGGAGUCCACGAGUGAUCCCGCCUUAACUUUAAACAAGAAGUCAAAGUGUGCUCAAGUUCAAAGAGAUGUCAUACCUGGCCAACUUUGCUGCGUCCCCGUUUUCGCCGUGAUUGCUAUAUUUCAAGCGUGUGCGUCCCGAACUAUCCAUUCCUGUUUUUAUCUGCCAUAUUAGCCCUGAUAAACUUACCGGUCGCAAGGCGGUCUGUCCUUUAUCACUCUGAACUUGAUCGACCAGGGAUGCCGCAAAUGCAUCAACCCAUAACCGAGCAAUCCCACACACCUCAAAACCCCAUCGGCCCAUUACCUCCAACCGCGUCCCACAUACCAUUGUUUCUCCCCCACCGCCAACACCACCACCUGCUACCGACUCCAAACCAUCCCAUCCCAAAGUGUGGAACAUACGUAUG